UUCCCACAAUCAACAAGCAAGAACUCAAAAUCCUGACGCAACACGUUGUCAAAGUACUUGAUUAAAUCAAACUUCCUCGUUAUCCCCUCUGCCAGACCCACGAGCCUCGUCUACAUACAUUUCAAGGUCAUCUCGACUAGGCGUCAACAUGGCGCCCUCGGCUCAAACGCAUCAUCGCUCCCACAGCCUGCUGCUCUUUCAGAAGCUGCUGAACCUUCGAGACAGCGCAAGCCCACUCACACUUCUUCUCGAUACCCUUGAGCAAGGUGCAGGACCUCUUUUACAGGAAUUCAUCAACAGAGGCAAGCUUGCCAGAAGUAAAAUACUCUUUGUGUCAUUUACUACUGCCAGGAAGCCCCGCAAUGUCGACAUCUUUAUAAAGGCCAGGGGCAGGUCAGUCACGGCUCUCAUAACCGAGAUCGCCUCAUAUUGUGCUCCUGUCAACAGCCAAACACCCAAAGACACUGCAACAAACUCCCAGAAAUGUUUGAUCGUGGUUGACUCGCUUAACCCCCUCGCCUCCAAACAGCCGCACGUCCUUCCCCUCUUCUUCGGCAGCAUCAUCAACCCGUUCGCCUCCCUCGUCGCCGUCUACCACAACGACGUACCUCUCGUUCUUCCCCGAACCGUCAAUGAGUACGAACCCCACCCGCUCACCCUGCUGUCACACAUGGCCACCGCCGUCUUCAAAGUGUCAAGUCUCUACCAGGCCGUCGAGACCAAGCGGGCGCAAAUGCGGAGUUUGCGCGAGCCGGAGUGGGGGCUCCACGAAGGGCGUGAAGGCGUGCUUGUUGGCUUGCGGACGGGCCACCAGCCAGAGGGACUCGUGGUGGAGAUGGAGAUGAGGAGGCGCAGCGGGAGAGCCGUGGCUGAACGGUUCAUUCUCAGCCCAUCAAGAGGCGGUGCCGGCGCGAGUCUGUCACUGCUUUCGGACCACCCGCUGUUUGCGCCAGCGAAGGACGCGGAGGGCGGUGCGGAGGGGGAGAUGGCGGAUUCCACGUUCAAUUUGGGGUUGACGGAGAAGCAGAGGAACGACAGGGAAGGAAUUGUGUUGCCGUACUUUGACGCGCAGACAGAGGUUGGUGGAGGAGAGGGGGGGCGGAUCCUGUAUGACAUGGGGAGGGAAGAUGAUUUUGAUGAGGAGGAGGACGAGAUCUGAGUAAAGCCUGAUCAACAAACUGUUGUUGUCGCCGUCUUAGAGUCGAUCAGGGGAGUGUAUGUUGUGCAUAGAGAUUUUACAGUCAUUCAGCUGGCAUGAUGAGGUUAUAUUGAAAAGAGUUACGAGGAAAACGGAUGCCGCAGAAAGUCCGCACAUUGACCGUUCGAUUCUUGUCCUCAAGCUCAACAACUGUUCAGUCCUUGGACACCCCCUGGGACUGAACCAAUGGUGCUUCUACCGGGAUAACGAAAAACAUUCGAGCAGGACGUAACCGUCAGAGCAUUGAGAACCCUGAAGGCCUGAACCGAAGGGA